AUCAUCAAGAAUGAAAAAUAACUUACCAAGAAGGAUCAAAAUACAUCUACCCCGCCAGUAGCGCACCCAAUCGGAAGCAUAGUCAUCGUCAUCGUCAUCGUCAAUUCAACAGCCACCAAAGAGCAAAGAAGUCGCUGCCUUGGGACCCCAACCAACAACAACAAUCCAAACAAUCUUCCCCCAUCACAACACCCUGAUUCCAACCCUCAACCCGCAUCCAGAAAGGGUCACCAUCCCCUUGCGUCUCCACCGCUUGGAGACAACACCGUGCAGUGAUGCGACUCCUCCAGGAGCCCUCCUCACUCUUCCCCCUCCUCCUCCUCUCCACCCUCGCCCCAGUCCCCACCGUAGCUGUCCCAUGGGCUACCGGCGACAGCACACAGUCCCUCAGCGGCCGCGACGCCAAAGCGCCGUAUCACCGCUCCCACAGCGUGUUCCCGCAGUUGACAUGGCUGCGCGACACGGCGAUCGAGAAGAUCUUUGGCGGGAACGCGAAGCCUGAGACGGCGACGGCAAAGGAGAAUGGACAGGUCGCGACGACGAGCCAGCGGAGGCCGUUGAGCGCGCAGCUUCCGGCGACGCUGUUGGCGAAGUAUGGGGGGGAUGUGGUGCUGAGGUUUAACAUUACGACGUUGGAGGAAGAGGCGGCGUUGGCGGAGGCGGCGGAUACGCUGUUUCUUGAUGUGUGGGAGUUUACGAAUAACUGGGCGGAUAUAAGGUUGGCAGAGGACGAUGUCCCCUCCCUCCUCGGUCUCCUCCCCAAAUCCCUCCACAACGCCUACUCCAACCUCAUGCCCGACCUCGCUCAAUCAAUCUACCAAUCCUACCCCUCCCUCGCCUUCUCCUCCCCCCCGUUCCCCCCCUCCCAAGGGCACUCCUCCUUCACCCCCUCCAUCCACAAAACCGACGGCGCAACCGACAACAUCUUCUUCCGCGACUACCAACCCCUCUCCGUCAUCAUCCCCUGGAUGCGCCUCAUAGCUUCCAUGUUCACCACCCACGUCACCAUGACCUCCAUCGGGCUCUCCUACGAAGGCCGCUCCAUCCCCGCCCUCCGCGUCGGCGUGCAUCCCACCCCUGCUUCUUCCACCAAAAAGCGGAAGACAAUCAUCGUCGCCGGCGGCCUGCAUGCGCGCGAAUGGAUCUCUACAUCUUCCGUCACGUACAUCGCGUGGUCCAUCAUCACGGCUUACGGCAAGUCUCCCGCUAUCACGAAGUUGAUCCAUGAGUUCGAUUGGGUCUUCAUCCCGACGCUGAAUCCGGACGGGUACGUGCAUACCUGGGAGACGGACCGCUUGUGGCGCAAGAGCAGACAGCAGACACACCUCCGCUUCUGCCGCGGCCUCGACCUCGACCGGUCAUUCGGCUACCGCUGGGCCGGGUCCGCGUUCCAAGCUAACCCCUGUUCCGAGAGCUACCCUGGAUCUGCGCCGUUCCAGGCAAUUGAGGCGCAUCGCCUGGCGGAGUGGGCGAAGAUGGAGGUGAAGGAGAAUAAUGCGAAGUUCGUGGGAUUGUUGGAUCUACACUCGUAUUCCCAGCAGGUUCUGUAUCCCUACAGUUACUCCUGCGAGGCCGAGCCGCCGACGAUUGAGAAUCUCGAGGAGCUGGGGAUGGGGUUGGCGAAGGCGAUAAGGAUCUCGAGUGGGGAGUUUUACGCGGUUACUUCGGCGUGUGAGGGGAGUGUUGUUACGAAGAAGAAGAAGGGGAAAGGCAAAUCGGCGAAGACGAAGAAGAAGGAUGAAGAGAAGGAGGAGGAGACGAGGAAAAUCCGCAUGGAGAGUGGAGGCGGCUCAGCGAUCGAUUGGUUCUACCACGAGAUGAAGGUACGGUAUACGUAUCAGCUUAAGCUGAGGGAUACGGGGAGUUAUGGGUUUUUACUCCCGGGAGAACAUAUUGUGCCGACGGGCGAGGAGGCGUUUAAUGCGGUCAAGUAUUUUGGGGACUUCUUGAUGGGGAAUAAGGGGAUUGAGAGUGUGGAUGGGGUGGGGGUGGAGGCAGAGGUACUGGAGGAGAUGGAGGAGGGGGUUGAGAGUGUGGCGGUGGAGGAGGGUGAGGAGGUGGAUGUGGAUAAGGAUGAUGAGGAGGAGUGGGUGGUAGUUGAAGACGAGGGUUUGGAAGCAGCGAGUGAUAUGUCCGAGCUACGGCGGAGGAGGAGGUUAGAUGUGUAAAAUUGAACCCUUUGGACAUGUCAAAGAACGAAUCAUACCAUACUUACUUUUUCGUGAUUAGCCCAAUGCGACCUUGUUGCUGUAGCCGUAUAGCCGUACUAGUAUAGUAUAGGGGUAUAUUCGCCCACGUGACCUUGUACUCCGUAAUAUAUCAAGUAUAAAGCAUAAAAGCAAGUAUAUUCCCCCCACGUGACCCUAAUAGGUGGCUCCAUUAUAC